AUGAAAGAAGACCCAGAGAGAAUUCGUGUGACGCCGCAGCGCCUUGGCGAAGAAGGCCUUGGCAGGCUUGAAGCAGAUGCGGCGCUUCCGUCGCGCUCGGGCUCAUGGACGUCUCUUGGCUUGACAGCCAGCGGUCGCCAACAGGGGACGCCCUCGCCAGACGCCCGCUGGGCGCCCCCCACGCUCCUGGCCUCGGGCUGGCGCUGGUCCGGGGCUCUCCGACUUCCGGACCUCUCCGGCCCAACAGGCAGGGGCGGCGGAACAGACCGGCUCGCGGGCCCAGGACCCGUGGGCACGGAUCCUAGAAGGACGCGAAGCCGCCCCGCGCGUUUGUGGACUUGGACUCCUCCGAUGCGGCUUCCCGGUUACGCAGACCACCCCCUUGCCCUGGCUUCUGAGUCCACGGCUCGCCCGGGGCGGGAACGUGCGGGGGGGAGGGCCCGCCCCGACUCCCUCCGGACCGCCGGCUCGGGGACCAGGAUCUCCCAGGAACGAUGGCGCGAGACCCCUGCCGAGCUGCUUCUGCUGGAGGCGGAAGCCGGGACCGGGGACUCUUGUGUCUCUCAGGAGAAGGUGGCCAGUGUGUACGAAGCGCCGGGCUUUUUCUGCGACUUGGAGCCCGUCCCGGGCGCCCUGGACGCCGUGCGGCAGAUGAACGACAUGCCCGACACCGAGGUCUUCAUCUGCACCAGCCCUCUGCAGAAGUACGGCCACUGUGUGGGUGAGAAGUACCAGUGGGUGGAGCGGCACCUGGGGCCCGAGUUUGUGGAGCGAAUAAUCCUGACCAGGGACAAGACGGUGGUCUUGGGAGACCUGCUCAUUGACGACAAGGACACCAUUCGAGGUCAAGAGGAGACCCCAAGCUGGGAGCACAUCUUGUUCACCUGCUGCCACAAUCAGCACCUGGCCCUGCCUCCCUCGAGACGACGGCUGCUCUCCUGGAGUGACAACUGGAGGGACAUCGUAGACAGCAAGCGCGGAGCUGCGCCGUAGUGAAUGGACCCCGGAAGGACAGGCGUGCCGGCAGGGAACCCCUGCAGAGCCGAGUGAGGGGGCAGCCUCACGGUGGUGGCCCCUGCCCCCAUGGAGCAGACAAGACACAGGCCCAGCCACCUGACGUUUCCCGAGAUGGCUGCCCCUGAACGCGGCUGGCAUGCAGACAAGUGGGAAGACCAGUCAGGAAGCUUUUAAUAAAAAACUCUGGCUUUCUGGUC